CACUGGUUGUGAUCAGCACGAUUAUUUAUUGUGGAAGGUUUGUGUUUAAGUGCACUCGAGAGCACCAACGGCGUUACAUUGCUAAUGAGCAGAACGGUGUGGUGCUGAUGAUGACAUGUAACCGCUGUGACACUGCUGUGUGUGCGCCACCGCAUGUUCACAAGCAGGUAACAGAAACCCACGGCGGUUUAUUAAAACAAUAUCUGCUCUGACACCACCAGCGAGCGCUUGACUGAUGCUUCUCCAUCUCUGAAUGAAGUCCUGCUCACACAGAGCCGAGCAGAGGCGAGAGGACGCGACUGUCGUUGAUGACACUGAGGAGACUAAAACAUGGGAGAACAUCACUGGAGCCCAGCUUUCAGUGAAGAGACAGACACAAAGGCGACUGACAACCGACAGCCAUUCGAAAAGAGCCGAACGAAUGCUUCGUUAAUGCCUUUCGUCACACGGUAAAUGCCUUCCAUUCAUUGGUAAUAUUUGCUUGAGAUUUGCACCGUAGAGAAACCAGCGCCACUUUUAGCGCGCGGUUAACAAUGGAAUUAUGACAGUGGUGAUUUCCAGCUGUUCAUUGUUCGCGUAAAAGGUAGAUGCAAAUAAUUUGGCCCGUGCUUACCAAGUGACUCAAGAAAAGGUGUGAAGAGUGACAAUACAGUUGUCAGACCUUCAGGCUGGUGUUGGUGAUAUCCGAAAGGCUCCUAAUGCUUUAUCUUCCACCUUGUCUCUGUCACCAUGCCCACCUUUCCACCUCUGGGCAGUAACACCAGCACAGUGCCCUGGGACCCUGGCGCACCUUCUCUGGUGAACAGCAUGGUGAAGAUGGUGCUCAUAUCGGCGAUUGUGUGCAUGUCACUUUUUGGAAACGUUGUGGUGCUGCUGGUAUUCCAGCGCAAGCCGCAACUUCUCCACGUUGCCAACCGUUUCGUGCUUAACCUGCUCCUGGCCGACCUACUGCAGACGGUGCUGGUCAUGCCCUUUGCCAUCGCCGCCACCGUGCCUGAGGUUUGGCCGCUGGACGCCCGACUCUGCCAAGCCCUUGUGGUGCUCAUGCACCUGUUUGCAUUCGCUGGCGUCAACACCAUCAUCGUGGUUUCCGUAGAUCGCUAUUUGGCCAUCAUCCACCCUCUGUCCUACCCUACACGAAUGACACCUCACCUGGGUACCAACCUGAUCGCUCUCACAUGGCUUCUUAGUGUACUUCAGAGCACUCCGCCGCUUUAUGGAUGGGGAACCAUCGAAUUUGACCAGCGCCACAAAGCCUGCACUGUUGUGUGGUCCUCAAGCUACUCGUAUUCAGCCUUGGUGUCGGCACUUUCAUUCUGGCUGCCUUUGGUGAUCAUGCUUUGCUGUUAUUGGAUGGUAUUCAGGGCGGCAAGGCGGCAGAACGCCCUCGUUCACCCCAUCCAAUCCAAUCCCCCUCCAGAUUCCCAAGCGUCCUGUUCCAGCCCCCAAAGGCAUCCCCAACCGGAAGGCCCCUUUUCGGCCUCUUAUCCCAUCAGAACCCGCCAUAGACGCUUCCAUUAUCACUGUAAGGCGGCGCGGGUGGUGUUCGUCAUCAUGGCGUCCUAUGUGCUCAGUAUGGGCCCGUACUGCAUUCUAAGCACGAUAUCAAUUUAUUCUAGUGCAGCGGUGCCACCCUGGUUGGCCUCGAUGGCGCUCAUUCUCUUCUUCCUGCAGUGCUGCUUACACCCCUACAUCUAUGGCUACAUGCACCGCAGCGUACGCAAGGAGUUCCUGGCGCUGCUCUGCGGGCCGCUGUGUGGGCAGGGCCGGAUCAGUCAGGGCUCCGGCGUGGACAGUUGCUUCACGGUGACGGAUGGACGCAUGGCGCACACCCAUCUCUCAAGCCAGGCUGCCCGAGUGUGUCCUCGCCGAACCUGGGAGGAAGGCACCGUGUCUUCUUCCCCUACAGAGAGGAGGUCCAAAGACAGCCGUAAGGAAACCACCUCCAUCAGUCUGAGCUCAGAGAAGGAGCUCACAGUACACAGCAACACCAACAAACAACCUGAGGAAACACCUACAGGCAAAUUCUGAACAUAUCUGGGGUAUAUACAUCUCUUUUGGUUUCCAUUUAGGGCACAAUUUGGUACUUUUGAAUCAAAUACUGUGCCUUUAAACACAAGUUCACUUAAUACAACCACACUCUCAGACAAAAAGGUACAAAAACUGUUACUGGGGCAGUAUCCUUUUAAAAAGUACUAAUUUGUGCCAUUUAUUUACUAAUAUGUACAUUUUAGGUGGUAACAUGUAUCUUUAAGAUACUAAUAUGUACCAAAAAAUGGGAAAAAAUGGUCCGAAAAGUCCCUUCUUAAAAGGUACCGCCUCAGUGGCAGCUUCUGUACCUUUUUAUCUGAGAAUGCAUAUUUGUUCUGCUAUAUGUAACCAUAUGUGUUCCUAGCUGUGCUAUGGACCUACUUUAUGGUUAGUUUUUACAAAAAUAACAUUGACCACAACAGAAAAGUCUAGCAAACAUAUUUUCUUGGCUGGAUAAUAGACUGUUUAAACUAUCUUUUAGUCAAGAGUUAGAUUUAUUUAUAUGUAUUUUAUUUUACAGACUGGAGUAAUGGCUGCUAAAAAUUCAGCUUUACUAUCACAGAAUAAAUAUAAUUUUAAAAUGUAUUAAAAUAGAAAAGAGGUAUUUA